AUGGAUCGGCGUAGCUAUCCGCCCGGUCCGUCUGGCUGGGAUCCUAAUGCACCACCUCCCAUGGAUCAGCGAUACAACCAACCCCCGCCGUCUCAGCAGUAUCCACCUCCUCAGCAGCAUCAGCAGCCGCCGCCGCCGCAGCAGCAACCGCCGCCGCAGCAGCAGCAGUUUCAGCAGCAACCCUCUUAUCCUCCAUACAGUCAGGGUCUGCCUCAGGUUCCGCCGUACAGCCAGGGUCCGCCUCCCCCUUACGGCGGAGGUCCCCCACCGGCAUCUUAUAACGAGCCGCCGCAACAGCCUUAUAGCGCGCCGCCGCCACAGUACCAGCCUUACGGAGGCGGUGCACCGUACGCCGGCGCGCCUCCCCCGCAGACAAGCUACAGCCCGCACCCACCCGCGUAUGGCGGGCCGGCACCUGGUUACCCCCCGCCGCAGCAGCAUCAGCAGCCGUCGCCGCAUCUCCCGCCGCAACAGCCGCCGGCCGGGUAUGCCCCUCCGCCGUGGCAGGCGCAGGGACAGCCGCCAGCUCAGGGGCAGUAUCCGCCAGCUCAGCAGAUGCCAGGUGGCAUGCGUCCUCCUGAGGGGCGACCCGAUCCGUCCGCGGCAGCCCCGUGGAAGCAACGUCAGCAGCAGCAGCCGGAGGAGGAGAGGGGGAGAGACAGGGACGAACGUGGCCGCGACCGCGACAGGGACCGGGAUAGGGAUCGCGAUCGCGAUCGUGAUCGGGAUCGGGAUCGCGAUGGUUCGUCGAAGCCGUCGCUUAAUCGCUACCCGCCGCCGCAGAGCUUAUACAACGAUCCGCUUAAGCCGACUCCAAGCUCGAUCUACGAAGACGAGUCGCCGCGCAAAUCGAAGCCCAAGGUGGAGAUGGUAAUGGGAAAGGCGGCCGGUGCGGAUGCUAAGACCGGAGCUGCUACUUCCGCUAUGUCUCAAAUCCUUGCUGCCAGAUCCGCCGUUUCUGCGCUUCUCGCGGCGACGAACCCGCAACUGGCGGCGGCGCAGCAGCGCGCCGCGGCAGUCUCCGCCGCGAUCACCGGAUCGACGGGAUCCGGCGGCGCGAGCUCUGCCGCGGCGGCGAUUGCGGCGGCCGCUGCGGCGAAGAACCCGCUGCUGGCGAGUAACCCGAUUCUUGCGGCGCAGGUCGCGGCUCUUGGCGGUUCAAACGCCGCGUCUGCCGCUGUAACGAAGGCCGCAUUACUAGCCGCCGCCGCGAACAGCGCUAAGCUGGGCGCCGUCAACCCCGGGCUCGCAAUGGCUUUGGCUAUGGCUGCCGCGAAGCAAGCGGAAGCGGCGCGCGCGGAAGGGGUGCCCGCGGAGGGGGACAAGGACACGAAGGCGGAGGACCGCGCGGGGGAGAAGCGCCGGCGCUCCCGCUCCCGCUCCCGGUCGCCGUACUUCCGCCGUCGGGCGAGGGGGAGGUCCCUGUCCCGCUCCCCUCCCCGCCGCCGAUCCAGGUCCCCAGUCCGGGAGAGGAAGCCUGGGUCCGCGUCGCCCACGCGCAGGAGCCCGUCGCCCAGGAUUCGCAGGCGACGGUCGCGAUCGCGGUCGCGGUCGCCCGUGCGACGCAGGCGGGGGAGAUCGGCGUCGCGCUCGCGGUCGCCGUACGGGCGGGGGAGGUUCGACGGGUGGCGCGGGCGCGGGAGGGAGAGCAGUCCGGAGCAGCCGACGAGCACGGUGCUCAUCCGCGGCAUUGCGCCGUGGGCUGUGGAGGCGGAUAUCUUCGCGCUGCUGGGCGAGUGGGGGCCGUUGAAGGAGGUGCGGGUGAUCAAGGAGCGCGCCACGGGGUUCAACAAGGGCUUCUGUUUCGUCGACCUUGAGACCGUGGAGGCGGCAAAGGCGCUGGUGGAGGGUGGGAGGGCGAAGGAGCUAAAGAUGGAUGACCGCUUGCUCUUGUUCCACUACAGCAAGCCACUGCAAGGAGCGGAGGACGGGGGCGCGCUUGCGGACAGCAGCUCGGGGAAGCCCCUCGACUGGGUCUGCCCCUCCUGCGGAGUCAAUAACUUCGCCCGCCGCUCCGAGUGCUUCAAGUGUGUGACCCGCAGGCCCGCCAAUCCCGUCACUGUUGCUGACAGGGGCGACGUGGGAGGAGGCGAGUAUGGCGGGCGAGGCAGAGGAGGAGGAGGCGAGUGGGAGGGACGAGGAGGCGGGAGGGCGGCGGCGGUUGCUGUGGCCAUGGGUCCAGAUGCGUCGAAUGUGCUUAUAGUGAGGGGGCUGGACGACAGCGUGCACGAGGAGAGCCUGAGGCAGGAGUUUUCUCAGCACGGCUCCGUGACUGACGUGCGCAUGAUGCGCGAUAAGAUCACACUCAAGUCACGCGGAUUCGCCUUCGUCACUCUCGCUAAUGUGGAUCAAGCCACGCGUGCCAUGCUCACGUGCCACAACAAGCGGCUCUUCAAGGGAGGGCCGGUCAUGCGAGUGGCGUAUGCACGCGGCCCCAACCACGGAGUGCCCUCCACUCCACUCGCUGACGCUGCUACCGCUGCCUAUGCCGCUGCCGCUGGCGGUGGCGCUGCUGAGGAUACUGACGUCAUGGCGCAGAUGGAGGCGUCUGGGUGGAUGCCCAAGGAGUACGACGAGGGGGCAGCGGGGGGCGAGCAGCAGGCGCAGGCGGGCAGUGGCUUCGUGUGGGGCGAGGCGUCGGGGUAUUACUACGACAGCACCACCAGCUUCUAUUAUGACAGCGCCUCAGACCUCUACUACCACUCUGACUCGCGCCAGUGGUUCCGUUACGAUGUUACCACCGGGGAGUACAAGCAGUGCUCGGCUGAGGAGCUGGAGGCGGCUGGUAGCGCCCCUGCCGCCAUGGCUGUCGCUGCUGCCACCGCCGCGACUAAGCGCGACGCUGCCGCUGCAGCCGGUGCUGCUGCUGCUGCUGCUGCUGCUGCUGCUGCUGCUGGUGCUGGUGAUGCGUUGGGGAGUGAGCCAAAAAGCGAGGGGACGGCUGAGGCAGUGGGGAAGGAGGGGCAGGCGAAGGGGGUGAAAGAGGAGCAGCAGGGGGAGAAGAGGAAGAAAUCGUUUGCUGAAUCCGUGGCUGCAGCUGCUGCGUCUGCGUUUCAGGCGGAGAAGGAGCGGGAGGCUGCUAGGAAGAAGCAGCAGGAGAAGGAAAAGGAAGCCGCUGCUGCCGCCGCUGCUGCCGCCGCUGCUGCCGCUGCUGCUGCUGCCAGUGCUGCUGGUGGUGCUGGUGGGGAGAGUGCUGCUGCUGCUUCUGGUGGUGCUGCUAUGGAGGGCAAGAUUCGGACGUAUGUGCCGUCUGCCGCCCUCGCGUCUCAGGUGGCAAAAGAAGGUGAGGCGGGGCAGGUAGCGGGCGGGCAGACGGACGGGCAGGAAGACGGGCAGAAGAAAGCUGAGGGGGGUGUGAAGGAGGAGGGGAAGGAUGGUGAGGGGGAGGGGAAGGGAGGUGGGAGUGGUAAGUCGUCUACUGCUUCUGCACUGGCUGCUGCUGCUGCUAAGGCGGCUCAAGCCAGGCUUGCUGCUGCUGCUAUGAGUAAGGAGAGCAAGGAGAGGGAUAAGGAGCGGGAGGAGAGGCAGAAGGAGCGGGAGAAGGAGCGGGAGAAGGAGCGGGAGAGGGAGAAGGAGAAGGAGAAGGAUCGGAGCAAGGAUAGGGAGAGGGAGAGGGAGCGGGAUAGGCACAGGGAUCGGGAGCGGGAGAGGGACCGGGACAGGCGCGAUCGGGACCGCAGGGACAACCGGGAUUACCGAGAUAGGCACGACGACAGAGACAGAGACAGGGACAGAGACAGGGAUAGGGAUCGAGACCGGGAGAGGGAGCGUGAACGCGACAGGGAGCACAGGAGGAGGGACGAGAAGGACGGGCGUGGGCCGGAAGGAGGGGCAGGAGGAGGGGCAGGAGGGGGAGCAGGAGGGGGAGACGGUGGUGGCCCUGCUCCUCCCCAGGGGUACUCUGGGGCUCCCCCGGAGGGGUAUGGGGGAUACAGUCAGGCGUACGGGCAGCAGCCGCCUCCCUACGGCCAGCCUCCCCCUUACAGCCAGUACCCCCCGCCACAACCAGGCCCGUAUGGGGCACCAUAUGGGCAGGAGCAGCAGCAGCAGCAGCAGCAGCAGCCGCCGCCAGCUUAUGGGCAGCAGCAGCAGCCGUACAACCCGUCGCCGCAGCAGCAGCAGCAGCAAGCGCAGGGCCAGUAUGCCCCUCCCGCCACUGCUCCUGCUGCUGCGCUGGCUUAUCCCUCUGCGGCGCCUACCUACUCACCUGCACCGAGUUACCCCCCAUCUACUGGUUACAUGGGUUACCAGCCUCCGCCAUACGACCCGUAUUCAGCUGCUGGUGGUGCCACUGCCCCUGCUGGCUCUGCUGUUAAUGCCGCUCCUGCUGGUGCAAGUGUUGGGGCUGGUGCUGCUGCUGCUGCUGCUGCUGGUGCUGGCCCUGCUGGUGCUGGCCCUUCUCCUCCUGCUCCUAUGCCUCCCACCACCGCUCCUUCCUCCUCCUCUGCUGCUCCUCCCCCCCUCUCUUCGCCCUACAACCCGUACUCUCUAGCUCCCUCCUCUGCUCCCCCGGUCGCCCCUUCCUCUGCCGCUCCUCUCACCGCCUCUUCUGCACCCCCCUCCUCGUACGAUCCCUUCGCAGCUGCUGCGAGCAUGGGGGGAGGAGCUGCGGGAGCGGGGGGAGCAGGGGGAGCGGGGGGAGCGGCGGGGGACGGUGCGUAUGACCCCAUUGCUGCAGCGAUGGAGGCGGGGGGAGGGAUGCCGGAUUGGGUCACUGCGCCCAUACCUGCUGCUGCUUCUCCUGCUGGAGCUUCUGCACCUGUCGCUGCUGCCACUGCUGAUGGUGCUGCUGGUGGUGCUGCUGGUGGUGCUGCUGGUGGUGCUGCUGGUGGCGCUGGUGGUGGUGCUGCUGGUGGCGCUGGUGGUGGUGCUGCUGGUGGUGCUGCUGCUGGUCCUUCCAGCCACAUCUGCCCUUUCAACUUCCGCUAA